AUGUCGGCACCAGCUCCUCCCACUAUCCCACCUCGUCCUGUCAAGCAGCAGGCCGUAGCUCAAGGGGUGUCUAAGCUGCCUGAUAUACCUCCACGACCGCAAAAUAGGCGAGUCGACCGAUCCAUAUCACCUUCACAUUAUCCACGAUCUCCUUUGAACGACCCUUAUGUUCCGUCAAGGCCAAAAGACCUCACCUCCUCGAUGAGGCCCCCAAGUGUGCACCACUUGCCAACUCCAGGCGAGGAGGGUAUGGAAUAUGCCAACAUUCAGUAUAGCUCCGAUCCUCCAGCUUCGGCUCUUGCUCAGGAUGCUGCGGCACAGAAGCGUACAAUUGCCGAGGAUCUGCACUUGCACGCUCCAAAGCCUUCUCUGCCUACCUCGACUGCUACUGCUCAGGUUCAGGGUGUGACCAGGACUGACUCAGCUCAGGCUACAAGCCAGGGUCUUCGCAGGCCGUCUAACGAUGAUUUGACCCCAACUAGAACGAGAUCGAGGCAAAGUUUCUCCCGUCCCGAUUCGACUCAAGCUGAUGAGCGACGUCGUUCUGUAGUUCCGGAAGAGCACGGCCCCGCGGAGCUGGGAUUGCGAGUUCCCAUCAAUCCUUUGCUCGGAGAUGUACAAGCUCCCACUCCUCAAGGUCUUUCACCACAAGCUACUGGCGAGUCUGGUCGCAGGCACAACAGGAGGAAGAGUGGCCUUGAAGAUUUCUUACCGCCUGACAGUUAUGGCCUUCAUGGCCACGGCAUGAUUGCCAACAACAAGUUCGAACGGGACUGGUAUGCUAAACAUCCGGACCAACUUGAGCACGAGGAAGGCCAUGGUCAUGGUGUGUACGAAGGUAUUGGUAGCGGACGUGGUAGUUAUGCACUGAGCAGUGACGAACUGAACAAGAUUGUGCGAGAUACUGCGUCUCGUGGUGCUGGCUUUGGCACCCAGAAGAGCAUCAACUCGUUUCCUGACGAACAGAUCGGCUAUAUGGCUUCGGAAACUUAUCAGCGAUCACAGCAAAACACACCUCUACCCGAGCCGCUAUCCCGUCUGAAUACACGUUCUUCACAACCGAGCAUGGAGUCGCCAUUGCGCAGAACCAGUUUCCCUGCAGAAGAUGCUCCUCCUGCCGAGAUCCGCAGAAACAGGCUCUCGACUCAUGGUACUGAUAAGGCUGUGACUGACGACGAAACUCAUCAUAUCGACCAACCCGACCGACGAUACAACAAAAUUACUGGUGGUCAGGAACAAAUAAAUGAGACUUCAGGUGGAUCACCCUACAUUACCACUGGCCAUGAUCAGGACGGCAAUGAGCAUAGGGUUCCGAUCUUAGCAGAAGACGAAGUCGCCAAAAGUGUUGGAGCAGAUUUCAUGCAGCCUGCUGUUUCACCAAAGUUCGAACGUCGUGGAAGUCAGCAGCAUGACGAUCAUAACGGUGGUGCAUUGACCCCAACAUCUAGACCUGCAAGCAGACCUGGCAGCAUCUACCAGUUACACAGCGCUUCCCACUCUCUGUCCCGCUUUCUUUCUCAUCAGGACGACCGAGAUCAUAUGCAUACACCUUUGGAAGAUGUCGCCGAGUACGAGCCUUUAUUCGAGGAGAGUGAGGAGAGAAAGGCUCUCACCACUGCAGAACGUUUCAAGAGAAGGCCAGAUGCUUUGCAAAGACGCUUCCCAAGUCAAGACAUCUGGGAGGAUACACCGAGCAGUGCCAUGCACAUGGCCGAGGUAUCAACCCCUGACCUUCCGUCACAAAACGACAGCUCGAAAUCGGAGCUGAGGGCCUCUUCCACCUUUGAAUCCCCAGAAGCUGAGCACGCACGCAAAGGAGAGGUUCCAGAAGAGGACAAACAUAAUCUAGCACCACUAGAAGAAAGACUGGCCAAGUCCAGAUUUGCACCUCACCUCAGGGAUGAUAUGCCAACAAAAGCCCGCCCAGCCAUUGCUCAUCGCUUCCCGAGUCGAGACAUUUGGGAAGACACUCCCGACAGCAACUACCUGACCACAACUGUUAGCACACCCGAAGUUGAACCAGAAUCAAGCCCGCUGGAGUCAAAGCCGCCGGUACCAGAACGACCUGCAAAGAGUCGACUAGGUGAAGGUGCAUCUUCUAAUCAAGUCGAGCCGAGUGUGCCUCCGCAACUUCCAGUACGGCCACAGAAGCGUACGCAACAGGUGUCUCCGACUGAUGCUAGACCCACGGAUACAAGUCUGCUCUCAAAACAGAUCUCACCACCGAGUCUACCAGAUAGGCCCAAGCCACAGGUACCACCGAGGCCAGGUAAGAAAGCUGCGGAUGAGGACUUGACCAGAGUAACCUCAGCAGGCUCUACUGAGAGUACCGACACUCAAGUGGCAGCAAAGGCUAAACCACAAGUUCCUGCCAGACCUGCUGGUGGUAAUUUCGCCAGCUUGAGAGGUAAUUUCAUGAACGAUCUGAACAAGAAACUCGGACUUGGUCCACCGAAAGAGAAGGAACCAGAACCGGAAAUCGAAGCUAAGCCUUUGGAGGAUGCUAGGAAAGGCCGUGCUAGAGGUCCACAACGUCGAGCUCCCGCCAAAGCUGCUGCUGAUACAAAAUCAACGGCAUCGUUUACGAUGUUUGCGCCACGAGGAUUGUGGCGGAUAGAUGACCAUGACGAGCUCAGUACUAUCUCAGAGACGCAAGAAGAAACAAACGUGAAGGAAGAGUCUAUGAUUGACGCAGAACCUGGAAGUACUACUGAGGUCGACUACGCUGCACAGGUACCAGUUCCGACGACCAAGGCCGAAGACGACUUGGCUGGGAGACCUAUCGAUGCACCGAAACAACUCGCCAGUGGUCUUGCUACAAACACAGCUGGCGAGCCAGCCGAUCCUGUGCCAGAAGGGGACAACGAGAACUUUGAAGGAGAGUUGACACGAAAGACGACCGCAAGCACAUUGGACGGAGAGCCAAUUGACCGAGAAAACUCAAGAGAAACAACACACGUCCUGCCAGCCAGCCAACAGACAACAGCCUCAGACUCCGAUGUUCCUGCAAAAAUACAGAGAGUGCCAACAAAUGAACCAGAAGUCAAGGCGGCAGACGAAUCCAUCAAGGUACGAAAUGAACAAGUCUCUGCUCCCGCACCUGAACCGGCGAAUACUCAUUCUGUAACAGGAAAGCAUGACCUCUUAAAUAAGACUACCACGCCAAUUUCCGGCAGUGUUAACAGACAGGUCGACGUAGAGCCUGCAUCGGAAGGCCCCACCGAGCCCAUGAAUGAGGAUGAUGUCGAUUAUGGCAAAUUGGAAGAGAUGACUGCUUUGGCUGACGGGAAGCAGACGGCUGUGGAGGAUCCGCAGGCAAGCUUUUCUUCCAGGAAAAUCGUAGAUUGA